AUGCAUCUGCAUUUGAGGGCCACGACGGAGCCCACCUCCCUGCGACCCAUCGGGUAUGCGCAGACAAUACUGGCCUUUGCCAUUUUGCUGGGAUUGGGCUGCAUGGCGGCCGUCGGACUUCGCACGUGGCAGCGAGUUCGGGAGCGAAAGUUCCACGUCGACGACGGCCUCAUUUGGCUGGGACUGGUUUUCAACUUGGCCCAGUAUGCCAUCACGGCAUGGGGAACGACAGUGGGCAUCGGCAGUCCAGAUGUGAUGCUCUACCGGCCCAUGUUGCGUAUUGCCGGCCAUGUACUCAUCUGGGUCAACGUGACCAACGUGUUGGCGCUGGGCUUCACCAAGGCCUCCAUCUGCGUCACGCUGCUCCGCCUCAUCAAGGGGACCUGCCACCGGAAGACAGCCUGGACACUCUGGCUCGUCAUGGCCGCAGUGUCCCUAUCAACAGCAACCUCACUGAUCUUCAUAAUCGUACACUCCGCCAGCGACGCAGGACGCAGAAAGGGCGUGGGGGCGUGGCAGACCCUCAUCUACCCCUUCAUGGGCCUCUUCAUCCUGGUCGACAUCACACUCGCCGUGGUGCCGAUAUCCAUCGUCCGCGGCCUCAACAUGAAGACGAGCCUCAAGCUGUCGACCGGCGCGAUCCUGGCGCUGGGCGGCGUCGCGUGCGUCGCCUCGGUCCUCUGCAUCCCGCCCCAGGCGGACGUCGGCGCCGGCUCCUCCUACCGCGACUACCUGUACAGGCAGGGCUCGGUCCUGUUCUGGCAGAACAUCGAGACCGGCCUGGGGAUCAUGGCGAGCUGCCUCCCGGCCCUGCGCAGGCUCAUCAAGAGCUUCGACGCUGAUGGUGGUGAAAGGGCCCCCGGCCGGCUGCCUUACUACAGGACUGACUUCUCUGCGGCCUCGGGGCACACGCCGGCCAACAGCAACAUGGAGUACCUGCGGCUCGACCCGCACGCAUCCCCGGACCAGAAGUACGGGCAGCUUCAGAUCCCGCGGGCUAUUCUUGCUAGUAGUCCGCGCGACUCACAGCGCCAGCACCUAGGUGGCGCGGGGCGAUGCGCCAGCGGCUAUGGAAAUGUUUAG